AACACACUGUACUGAAACGGUUUCUCUGAGCGCGCGCGUCCGCCGGUGGAAUGUAUCUGUAUUUCGUCAUUUAAAACGACAUACUAUACUCUUAUGUGGAACAAUUUUUUUUUUCCGUUGCUGAACCUGCAUUACCAUUUUCUUUGAUGACCAGGCGUUCUCAUGGAAUAUAGGGAUAUGACGGUGCACCCGUUUUCUUCUACAUUCACCCAUAUUACAUCUUUGUUACAAAUAUAUUUUUGACUGUUGGGAAUUAUUAUUAUUUUUAGUUAAAACGAACAUUUAAUUUUGUAAACAUAUAACUUAUAAAGUGAUUUAUUUUCUUUUGUCUACAAAAUAGAGCAAAAAAAAAAUGUUUUUAACUUUUUACGCACGCAGGCGAUCUUGGUCUCAUACAUGAUGUUUUAAUCCCAGUGGAUACUCGCUAGUGACGAUUUACCUGAAGAUGGGAGCCCUACACCUAAACACUCAUCUGAGUUAGCCAUGCAUAACUGCAACUCAUCAGGCACUGCGCCACUCAGCCCAUUUCCCAAUGACAGUCAGUGGGAUGGACGGUCGACGUCUCCAUCACUUGCCGAUCCUGAGAAUGUCACGUUAGAGAGACCGAUCCUGAGUGGCCCCAUAGCUGCGAUGCUCUCGAUGACCCUGGGGAUCCUGUUCAACAUUGUGGCUUUAUUCAUUCUGGCAAACGCAUAUGCCAGACUACGUCGACGAUCCAAAGCGUUUCUCCUGUUUGCUAGCUCUCUGGUGGCCACAGACUUUGCAGGACAUGUAAUACCUGGCUCAAUAGUAAUGAGGCUAUAUCUUUCUGGAGGUGUCCCCUCUGAAGAUUACAACCGGGCAGACCCAUUAUGCCAGUUUCUAGGAGGCAGUAUGGUGUUUUUCGGACUAUGUCCGCUCUUUCUUGGUUGUGCCAUGGCAGCUGAGAGGUGUUUAGGGGUGACAAAGCCACUGCUCCAUGCUUCGCUGGUUACGACCACAAGGACUAAGCUCUCUCUUUCUGUUAUCUGGUUAGCAGCUCUAUGUGUUGCCCUUCUACCCUGCUUUCAUCUGGGUUCAUAUACCUACCAGUAUCCUGGAACCUGGUGUUUCAUUAAAGUGCUGGAGGACACAGAGAAGGCAGAUGUAGCUUUUGUUAUGUUGUUCUCAGGACUGGGGUUGGCAUCCCUUGCUGUUGCUUUGGUGUGUAACACCAUAAGUGGACUGACGCUGGUGUUAGCGAGGAUACGAAAGAAACCCUUUAACCGUCAAUCAGCUAGAUCCCAUGAUAUUGAGAUGGUGGUGCAACUUGUGGGCAUCAUGGUCACAUCUUGCAUCUGCUGGAGCCCUCUUCUGAUUGUUGGCCUAAUUACAGUGAAACAGUCGUAUGAGGGCUCUAUUGGAGAUGACCUCGCCACCUAUAAGACCCUAAUGAUAAUGGGGGUGCGGAUAGCGUCCUGGAACCAGAUACUGGAUCCAUGGGUCUAUAUUCUUCUCCGUCGUUCUGUCCUCCAAAAGAUUUAUGUCAUCACUAAACGUCAAACAGACUUUAAGGAAAGCACUCUUCGCUGCUGGGUGAUCCAUUCCUUUCCCAGCUCUGAGAAGACUCCUGUCAGUAGAGUCUAAGUGUACGUAAAUAAAAACUGGAGGCCUACUCAGAGUCAGUCAGCUCUACCAUAGACGAUCUCACUGGGCCCCUUGAGUACAGCAUGUGCUGCACUCUCUAUGUUAAGAAUGUAUUUAUUUAAGCAUAUUUGCACAAAUAUGAAUGAAGCAUGAGAUUAACAUUUCUAUUCCUCCCUAUAAAGCACUAAUAAGAAGAAUUUGGCUAGAAACAUUCAUGCCAGUGUCAAAGAGAACAGCAAUUAUUUACUGUCUUGGGCCUUCAAUACAGAAAAUACAUUAGAGUUAGUAAUUGAAGCAUUAAUUCAGCCACUGUUGUAGCUUUAGUUCAGGGACGAUGUUUUAUGUCCCAUGAUGAGAACCCUAGGCAUGAAAACCGACAUCACAGUGACAUGAGGCACAAAAAAAUUAUUUUAAUGUUUGUUUUACUGAAAAUACUUGCACAUCUAAUCAGAACUUUUGUAUAGCAUGAUUAUCAACAAUAUAUUAACUAUGAGGUGAACUUGUAAUUUUAUGUGAUGAGCAUUAUUUUCCCCUGCAGACGAAGAAGACCUUAUAUGUUUAUCUUGCAUAUUACUGUGCAAACAUGCUCAUGUGAAUAAUUAUGUUUAUAAAAUUGCAUAAUUUAUUUCUUGUGUUAUCCCUCCAAUUUUCUGGAGGCUUUUAAUGUUAUUUUUACACUGAAAAUCAUAAUAAUAAAACCAAAUGUAUUAUAUCUGAAUUAAAUUUCCGUUGCU